AGCCCACCCCACCCCACCACCUGCCCCCAUGCUGGAUCACCGAGCCAGGAUGGAGAGCAGCAGGAAGGAGAAGGUGGAGCAGAUCCUGUCAGAGUUCCAUCUGAAGGAGGAGGACCUGAAGAAGGUGAUGUACCGGAUGCAGAAGGAGAUGGACCGAGGGCUCAAACUGGAGACACAUGAGGAAGCCUCUGUCAAAAUGCUGCCCACCUAUGUCCGUUCCACCCCUGAGGGCUCCGAGGUGGGAGAUUUCCUGUCACUGGACCUGGGUGGCACCAAUUUCCGUGUGAUGCUGGUGAAGGUGGGCGAGGGGGAGGAGGGGCAGUGGAAGGUGAAGACGAAGCACCAGAUGUAUUCCAUCCCAGAGGAUGCCAUGACCGGGACGGCAGAGAUGCUUUUUGACUACAUCUCCGAGUGCAUCUCUGAUUUCCUGGACAAGCACCAGAUGAAGCACAAAAAGCUGCCCCUGGGCUUCACCUUCUCCUUCCCUGUGCGGCACGAGGACAUCGACAAGGGCAUCCUCCUGAACUGGACCAAGGGCUUCAAAGCCUCCGGCGCGGAAGGGAACAACGUGGUGGGGCUGCUGAGGGACGCCAUCAAACGGCGAGGGGACUUCGAGAUGGAUGUGGUGGCAAUGGUGAAUGACACAGUGGCCACGAUGAUCUCCUGCUACUACGAAGAUCACCGGUGCGAGGUUGGGAUGAUUGUGGGGACGGGCUGUAAUGCCUGCUACAUGGAGGAGAUGCACAACGUGGAGCUGGUGGAGGGCGACGAGGGGCGGAUGUGUGUGAACACGGAGUGGGGAGCCUUUGGUGCCUCUGGGGAGCUGGACGAGUUCCUCCUGGAGUACGACCGCGUGGUGGACGAGACCUCACUUAACCCCGGUCAGCAACUGUACGAGAAGAUCAUUGGAGGGAAGUACAUGGGGGAAAUCGUGCGGCUGGUGCUGUUGAAGCUGGUGGAUGAGAACCUGCUUUUCAAUGGGGAGGCCUCUGAGAAGCUCAAGACUCGUGGGACUUUUGAGACCCGCUUCAUGUCCCAGAUUGAGAGUGAUUCUGAUGACCGCAAGCAGAUCUACAACAUCUUGUCAGCCUUUGAGCUGCUGCCAUCUCGGACAGACUGUGAGAUCGUGCGCCGGGUGUGUGAGAGCGUGUCCACACGGGCUGCCCAGAUGUGUUCGGCCGGGCUGGCCGGCGUCAUCAACCGCAUGCGGGAGAGCCGCAGCCAGGACACCCUCAAGAUCACUGUUGGUGUUGAUGGCUCCGUCUACAAGCUCCAUCCCAGCUUCAAGGACCACUUCCAUGCCACAGUGCGGCAGCUGACGCCUGGCUGUGACAUCACGUUCAUCCAGUCAGAGGAAGGCAGUGGGCGCGGGGCCGCUCUCAUCUCAGCCGUGGCCUGCAAGAUGGCCUGCAUGAUGGGGCAGUGA